CCUGGUGGGGGCGGCGGGCCGGGCGGCGGGCCUGGCCGCGUGUCCCCAGCGCCGCCGGGCAGCCAGCAGCAGGCCGCGGGCGCGCUGGCGGGUAGCCUGUCGGGGAGCUUGGCGGGGAGCCCGCACCCGGGCCAGGGCCCGGGCCAGGGUCCCAUCAAGAGCAAGCCGCCGGCUCUCGUGAUCCAGAACUCGCUCGAGAGGCAGCAGCAGAUGCUCAACGACAUCUACACGCCCCCGAGCUCGGCGCGCUACUCCGCGGGGCCCCACAUCACCGUCAUCAACCACGACGACGAGGUGGCCGGGCUGGGCGGGCAGGUCCCCGUGCAGUCGCCAGGGCCGGGGCGCCAGAACGCCCACCACCUGCAGCACCCUCCGCCGCUGCGACUGUCGCGCCAGGCGGGGGCGGGCUCCUCCCUGGACUCGGCGUGCGCGCAGCGGGCCGCGGCGCUGGCCCUGGCUGCCGAGUGCGACUUCCACUGCUGCGCGCUGCACGAGGAGGGACGCUUCAUCGCCGUCCACAAGAGCGUCGCCACGUCGCCCAUCCAGGACGUGGGGUCGCAGACGUCGCCGCAGCCCACAUCGUCGAUGGCAGGAGGAAGGACAGGCACGCUGCGCGGCGGCCAACACGUCCGCUUCCUGGACAUCGAGGGCCGUGGGGUGUCGCAUCCCGAGCACGGCGGCGACUCGUCCGAGUCCGAGACGGACAACACGGGGCUGGAGGAGGAGGCCGUGACCAGCGAAAAGUUCCUCCUCCUCAUCGACCAGCUGUCGGUCGACCAGAAGCGCCACCUCAGCAUCAAGGACAUCGGCAUCAUCCUGGAGCGGCUCAACUCCAAGAUCCUCGACGUGGAGCGGCUGGACCGCGAGAGCGAGAGCGACGACUGCUACAACUGGACCAUCAAGGCCACCAUCCGGGGUGACGUCUUGCAAGAGCUGGGCGUCAUCUACAACGGCAACUAUUACGCCAUCUCGGAACACCCGGGAUAUAAAGAGGAUGUGGAGGCAGGGUUGCCGGACCCACCAGAGGAGGAGGAAGAGGAGGAGGAGGACAGACUUUGAACCUAUUUACUAUUUACCCUACUCAAAACUUACUCUGUGAGUGUUGGAGCUCGUCAAGUGAGUGUUGUUGUUGUUACUGUUGUUGUUCAUUGUGUUCAUUCAUCGUCAUUCAUCAUUGUGCUCAUCAUCAUCAUCAACUUCGUCAUCACAUCGCCUACGUUUGGCGCAACCAGCAGCAGCAGCAGCAGCAGCUGUAGGAGCAGGGCGGUGCCGCGGGGCAGUGCUUGGGCGUUUUUGGCACAGUGGUGUGUACAGCAUCCGGAAACGGAAGUAGGAGGAAGUGCCGACCGCACCUUCCUCCUCCGGUCCGGAACUAGUGUUGUAAUGCUCGGUGGGGAUGGAUCCGCACUGGGUUUAGGACAUCCCGCACGUCGUCGAAAUGCAUGUUUUUCAUGAUUCGUCUUGUCAGAAAGUUGCUCCAAAGGCAGCAACGCCGCAACACAAUCAUGUUAAGUGCUGUGAUGUUUAAAUGUUAAUAAGUUAUUGUUGGGACGACGCUGCCCGGAUAGUGAGACAAGAAAGUGAGGUUAUGGUGACUCUUGACUGCCCCGCUUAGAAGGCAUGAAUGGUUUAUUAUUUCAGAAAGGAUAUGAAAGACUACCAUCAUGACGACCAUCGGGAAGGUGGAGAGAAAAGAAAAUUAUUGUGAGUCGCGUUUUAUUUUUUAGGUUACGAGAAGGUCAAAAUAGAGCUGACAGUCUGUAUAUGAAAAUUCUUACAGUAGUGGGAAUACUAUUGGAAGAAUAUCAACCUAAAGUUUUACCUGGGAACUAAUAAUGCCAAGUUAGGUCAAUACGUCCCACGCGGCAUUUUCAUACCCCAGCACAAGUUUGUUUGUUUCACUUAGGAGAACAAAGUGUCCCUAAGAAUGAUCAAUUUUUCACAAACCGUUCUAAAUCGGGAACGAAGAAUUAGCUUUACUUUGGUACGCAGAUUAACCUUACUAGCUGGAAAAAAAGGUCCCAACAUUAGUGUGAGGAGGGUUCAAACUUCUUU